AUGACUUCGAGUCAAUCAAGGGCCACGUUAAAGACUGUCCAAAACGAAACUGCACCACUUAGCACACUAUUGAGUACGAUAAGCGAAUGCGAAAGAUUUCUGGCACCUGUCAAGAAAAAUGCUGUCGCUUACCGGGAUUCGAUAGCAGAACUCCGCACCAAGCUGCGAGUUGCCGAGACGGAAUUGAAACAAUUGGCAGCAGCGUCUACUGGGGAAAUAGUGUAUCUCAAAAAAGAUAUUAGGGGACGCCAUGAUGAAAUUGCAAGAUUGAGAGGGAAAACUGAUAGAUUGAAUCUGCAGAAAGAUAAGAUUGCAAAACUUGCUCAAAGGAAUUUGGAACUAGAAUCAACAAUGGAGAAGCAAUCUGCAAAGCUGAAGGAGGUUGGAGAUUGGAGAAUGCAGAUGCGGAGGAUGUUGAGUGGGGGAGAUGCUGAAUCAUGA